AUGAAUUGUUUUUUAAAUAUAAUUUUGAUUGAAGAUAUCAGAAAUACUAAACUAGCACAUAAGGGUAAUAUCAGCUACAAUCUUAAAAGAUUAAUUCAUUGAAAUACUGUAUUAUAAUGCAGAUGUAUUGAUUAUAGAAAUUUCGACAAAAUCAUAGAAAUCAACAGAGUCCCUACCUAAAGUAUGA